UUUGGUAUGCUGGUGUGGGCUCACUGUUGGUCAGCCAGUGUGUGUGUGUACAACUUAGAAGGGCUGAGGGCUCUGUGUGUGGAAAAACACGAUUAAACAUGACUGCCGUCCACCGUCUGGUUAUCGUCCGCCACGGCGAGAGCGCCUGGAACCAGGAGAACCGCUUCUGCGGCUGGUUCGAUGCCGACCUCAGCGAGAAGGGCGUGGAGGAGGCCAAGCGCGGCGCCCAGGCUGUCAAGGAUGCAGGCAUGAAGUUUGACGUGUGCUACACAUCCGUGCUGAAGCGUGCAGUCAAGACCCUGUGGACCAUCAUGGAGGGAACGGACCAGAUGUGGGUGCCCGUGAUUCGCACCUGGCGUCUGAACGAGCGCCACUACGGAGGCCUCACCGGGCUCAACAAGGCGGAGACGGCCGCCAAGCACGGCGAGGAGCAGGUGAAGAUCUGGCGCCGUUCCUUUGACAUCCCACCUCCACCCAUGGAGAACGACCACCCUUACCACAAAGUCAUCAGCGAGUCUCGGCGCUACAAGAACCUGAAGCCCGGUGAGCUGCCCACAUGUGAGUCACUGAAGGACACCAUCGCCCGUGCCCUGCCUUUCUGGAACGAAGUCAUCGCUCCUGAAAUCAAAGCCGGCAAGAACGUUAUCAUCGCUGCCCACGGCAACAGCCUCCGUGGCAUCGUCAAGCACUUAGAGGGUAUGUCUGAUGCAGCCAUCAUGGAGCUGAACCUCCCCACAGGAAUCCCAAUCGUCUACGAGCUGGACGCAGACCUGAAGCCCGUGAAGCCCAUGGCGUUCCUCGGCGACGAGGAAACCGUGAAGAAGGCCAUGGAGGCCGUGGCUGCCCAGGGCAAAGUCAAGAAGUAAGCCUGUGUGGAAGCCCCACGAGGAGGCAGAAAAAGACACUGUUACCCCUUCUGUCCUUCAGCCGCUCCCUCCUGUCCGCUC